AUGCCUGCACCUUCUAGUGCACCGCAGCUAAUGGGCCCCCAGAUGGGUAUGCAAUAUCAACAGGUUCCAUAUCCCUCUGCUACUCAGCAGCAAUCUCCCCAGAUGAUGCAAACCAUGCCUACCAUGCCCUCGGCUUAUGGCAUGAUGGAUAAUACUCCUAUGAAUACAGCUCCUAAUCCAGGCAUGGCGGCGUCUUUGCAACAUCAGCAACGCAUGCAAUUCAUACAGUCUCAGCAACAGCAAGUACUCAUUACACUGAAAACACAGCUAGACACGGUGCUGGCUAAUCCUAACCUCUUGCAGGACGUUGCAGCGAUGCAUCAAUUAAAGGACACAAUGAGUAUGGCCAUGGAGGCACCUAAUGCUACGAUACAAAUGGAUGAGCAAACCAGACAGAAUGAACAAGCAGCACAAUUCAUCAGAUUCAUGCAGAGCCAGAUUUCUGAAAUGUUAACAAAUCCCCGAGUAGCCUCUAAUCCCGAGCUCCUCCAACAGUUGAAUACCCAGAUGAACCAACUACGCUUGAUCACAAUGCAGCAGGUUGCAUCUGAACAGUUGUCAACCAAUCCUGUCACAGCCUUGAGUUUGGCUACUGCGCCUAACUCUGGCGCCAAGACUCUCACUACUGAUGAUAUACGAAGCAUUUUGGAAAGUGCAAUGCUCGAUUCGGAGAGUGAGGAUAGUGAAGAUGAUGAGGACAGUGAAGAGGGUGAGGGGGGAUCCGAUGAUGCUACUGAGUGGUGGGGCGAUGAUAUCCCGAGGAAAGGAGGAAAAGGAGAUAUGAUGCAGAAUGAGAAGCAUGUUAGCUUUGGAGAGGGCUCUCCGAAGAAGGGUUGCAUGAAGAAGGGGUCCGAUCCGUCUUUGUCGGAGAGUAACCCUUUCAAAGAGCCAGAGGGUGAGGACGAGACCAUUCCUGGGGACAAAAAGGUCCGAAACUCGUCCCGUACACUGAGGAAUGGUACUUAGUGCUGCUGCAGCUGCUUGUGACUCAAUGUCAAUCAUAGGACGCAAGGCUUCGAGAAAGAGUGGUUCUUCUGAUGAGAAGAGCCUUACCAAAUGGAUGAAGCAAUUGAUGGCUGCUCAGUCCCAGUUGGGUAAGUUGUUGCAAUUGUGCCUUGUAGCUAGUUAUGCUCGCCUCACUGAUCCAUCUUCUCUAUCGUGCAGGAUCAUCUGCUAGCAUGCCGUCCAAUACCGUCUUUCCUAAUAAUAGCACUCCGGUUUUACCUAGCGUCUACCAUAUGAGUCAAGGCGCAGCUCCCCUACCAAUGCAAAGUAUGCCCACUGUUAUGCCGCCUAGUGGAUAUCCAGUCCCAUCGACUGCAGUUGGCGGGGUACCUCCAAUGACACCCUACCCUAAUCCUCCUACACCUUAUCCUCAACAGCAGCAACCACCCUACUAUUAAAGGACCAAGGAUCGAGAUGUUUUGAUGCUAACAAUCUUUCAUUUUGUAUGUCUACCUUUGGGCGAGUAUUGUGUGCACUCUAUGCUCUAGAAGGGUAACAGAUUGAUAAGCUGGUGCCUAGCAAUAUCACCACCUAGUAGAUGUCUGGUCUAUUGUCCGCUAUCACCCUUCCCAACCGUCAAGUGCGUACUGCUUC